CAUAACCCAUUAACCCCUCCUCAGUCCCUCCCUGCCGAGCUAGUCUCCUUCUCCCCUUCGCACAUGCAACCAUAUCUUCAGCUAGCUUCUCUCCGCCUCGCCACCACCAUCCCUCUCUCCCGGACAAUAUAUAGCGCGAAGCUUCUUGUCACCUCGGAGGCCAUGUCUGCCAUGGCCUAUAUAGCUCUCUGUGUCUCGGCAUUGGCGAUCUUCGUUGCUCUGCUCCACUGGGUGUACCGAUGGCGCCACCCCAAGGCAAAGGGUAAGCUUCCGCCGGGCUCCAUGGGCAUCCCUCUCCUCGGCGAGACGAUGCAAUUCUUCGCGCCGAACCCGACCUGCGACGUCUCCCCCUUCGUCAAGGAGAGGGUGAGGAGGUACGGGAGCAUCUUCAAGACGAGCAUCGUGGGGAGGCAGGUGGUGGUGUCGGCGGACCCGGACAUGAACUACUUCGUGUUCCAGCAGGAGGGGAAGCUGUUCGAGAGCUGGUACCCGGACACCUUCACCGAGAUCUUCGGCCGCGACAACGUCGGCUCCCUGCACGGCUUCAUGUACAAGUACCUCAAGACCCUCGUGCUCCGGCUCUACGGCCAGGAGAACCUCAAGGCGAUGCUCCUCGCCGAGACGGACGCCGCGUGCCGCGGCGGCCUCGCCUCAUGGGCGGCGCAGCCCAGCGUCGAGCUCAAAGAAGGACUCUCCACCAUGAUAUUUGAGCUCACUGCCAAGAAGCUGAUCGGCUACGAGCCGUCCGGGUCGUCGGAGAAUCUGAGGAAGAACUUCGUGGCGUUCAUCCGCGGGCUGAUAUCGUUCCCCGUGAACAUCCCCGGCACGGCCUACCACGAAUGCAUGGAGGGGAGGAAGAACGCGAUGAAGGUGCUGAAGAGCAUGAUGAAGGAGCGGAUGGCCGAUCCGGAGCGGCGGUGCGAGGACUUCUUCGACCACGUGAUCCAGGAACUCCGGAGGGAGAAGCCGCUCCUGACGGAGACCAUCGCGCUGGACCUCAUGUUCGUGCUCCUCUUCGCCAGCUUCGAGACCACGGCGCUGGCGCUCACCCUCGGCGUCAAGCUCCUCACCGAGAACCCCAAGGUCGUCGACGCGUUGAGGGAGGAGCACGAAGCGAUCAUCGGGAACAGGAAGGACCCGGAUGCCGCCGUCACGUGGGCAGAGUACAGGUCGAUGACCUUCACGAACCAGGUCAUCAUGGAGAUGGUGAGGCUCGCAAACAUCGUCCCGGGAAUUUUUCGGAAGGCCUUGCAAGAUGUUGAGAUCAAAGGCUACACGAUUCCGGCAGGAUGGGGUAUCAUGGUGUGCCCACCAGCAGUGCACUUAAACCCUGACAUAUACGAAGAUCCGUUGGCGUUCAAUCCAUGGAGGUGGCAGGACAAGCCUGAAAUCACCGGUGGAACGAAGCAUUUUAUGGCAUUUGGAGGUGGGCUUCGGUUCUGCGUUGGGACUGAUUUCAGCAGGGUCUUGAUGGCAACAUUCAUCCACAAUUUGGUUACAAAAUAUAGUUGGAGAACAGUUAAAGGAGGGAACAUAGUCCGGACCCCCGGUCUCGGCUUUCCAGAUGGCUUUCACAUCCAGCUUGUCCCUAGGAAUUGACCCUUUUUUUAAUCUCUGACGACAUGUUUGGUUCGUGGUGCUAAACACAAGAUUGUCGAUGUAAAGAUACCAGGCCAUUUAGGGACAAAAGCAAAGGAGGGAAAAUCACGUACUUAGUCUAGUGUUAGGAUACACAUCCCUAGUUAGAAGUGCAGUUAUCUUACCGAGUACUACAUCUCAUCCUUGUGAGGGGUUUUUGUACUUCGCUGUUUGUUUUCCAUGUGGUUAGUUAUCAAGCCAUGUGUUGUACGUAUAUGUGCUUAUACGUGUCUAAUGAAACAAGAAUACGGCUACAUACAUAUAAAGAUG